AUGCCAGAAAACAGUUUUGAGAUCUGCAUGCAGAUUCUGACAAUUAUCUUUGUAUUGAUUGCCAAGAGAAAAGGCUGGACUGCUGAAAGAUGGGAUGACAUGGUGGACCUUGUGCGACAAUACUCACUUGUUAACUGUGAAACUCAUCCGGACAAACUACCAAUAUUGUCGUCAUUCCUUGAGUUGAUGGAAAAAACUCCAACAGACAUAUACAUGACAAACCCUCAACUUGUGGACAAACUGCUGCCCAUGGUCCCAGAAAUUAUCCAGAAGUGCCCUCCACACUUUAAUUGGGUAGCAAAUGUUGCUGGAAUUAUGCAGAAGAAAUGCACUUUAAAGAAAGGAUCAGCAACUGGUUGGAUACCAAUUGUGAAAGCGUUCCUAAAAUCUGGAAAGGAGUGGGGAGUGUGGAAAUGUUCUGAUCUACUGCAGGAAGGAAAGUUCAAGAAGAUUUGGAAUUGGAAAAAAAACUUCCUGGAGGCUCAGGAAAUCAUCCAGUUUAUCAGCCAAUACCAAUUGACCAAAAACGUAAACUAUGAAGAAUCUGAAAAGAUGCUAACUUACUAUGGACUUGCUAUUGCCUAUCUUCUGGAACAGUUCUCUUUGGCGAAUAUUCAAGAAAAAAUCAAUGGUGAGAUAGCAGAACUUGCUAUAACUAUGAUGGAGAAUCGGUCCAAGUCUUUGAACAAGUUCAUUGAGGCCUUUGUUGUGAGAAUAUCUCUCGAGAAAUCCAAGCAUGUGAUUCCUAAUGUGACUGAGAGGUUGUCAGUGUUGUUCUGUGAUGAGGAGUAUAUUUGGGAUGAUUUUCCUACACAGAAGUCGGGAAGUUUUAUUUUGUUGAAGAUCAUUGAGGCCUAUAGUGCUGGCAAGGAGAUACCAGGUGAAGUCAAUAUAAGCCUGAUAAAGAUGUUUCUAUAUGCCAUGCAGACAGAAGACUUGGACUAUAUAGAAAUGGAACAUGGAACUGCAACAAUGUAUGGCUUAGCUGCCACUCAGUACCUCAGUGUUUUUGUUUCAAAGCAUGUUGGGACAGACAGCUCUCAUGUGUGUGCACAACUGGUACCAGCCAUUGUCAAACAGAUGAAACAUCAGGAUGAAAUGCUUGCCAAUGCAAGCUUCCCCAUCAUCAGUCAUAUCUGCCGUCAAGAUCCUAAACUCAUGGCCAGUGAAAUGGGUGCUCUAGCAGAGUGGUACAGCACACAACAUACCACUUUAGCUCUAAAUGCUAUCCCUAAGCCCUAUGAGGAAAGUAUUGGAUUUACACAACCAGAGUUUAAUAUGGUGAUGUCAGCAAUAGAAGAGGACUCGGAUCAAACUAACGCUGUUUUCCAGGCUCUCUUAAUAAAACUGCUGGCUGAGGAUCAACCAGAGCUCUUCACACAAAGCCAUAUUGACUACAUGAUCAAGCAUUUUAUGCCAAACAAUGAGACACAAAUCGUCCUACUGAUAGCCCUGGGUGACAUCAUUCCGGAACAGCCCGAACUAUUUGGAAAUAACAUACUGAAUAAUGUCCUGCAGAAUCCAAAACUAGACCUGAAAAAUGCUGCUUCAAUCCAAGUGAUCUGUGUCAACUUGGGUCUGAAAAAACAGGCACUAGCAGAUAGCUUGAUUAAAGAGUUGGUUGUUCUAGUAAAACAAGCAAAGGACGCCAAUCAACAAGCAGCUCUUGUAGAUUCCCUCCGAACAUUGGGCGCCAAGUAUGGUGUAGACAGUCUAAGACCAGAUCGCAAGUUCUUUGAAGACUUGCAGAAAAAUGGACAAAAUUCCUCUGUCAAAGACAUGGCUACUGCCAUAGUAAAUGCCAUGGAUGGUGUCAGUAUGACAGGCAUCACCACUGAAGUCAUACAUAUCAAGAGACAGGUUGGGGAACUUGAUGAGAGGGUCACUAAAACUGAGGUAGAGGUCAAAGGCUUAAAGGUAACGGUUGAUAGGCAUGGCCGAGAAAUCAAAACCAUGAAAACUGGACUUAAAAUGGUCAACAAACGUGUGGAUGGGAUGCAGCAAGAUAUUGACGAUACCAAGCAGAAGGUGGAAGAACUUGACAACAUGGCAAUGAGCAACGCUCCAGCUUGGUCCAGAGAUCUUUCCAAGUUGAUGAACCCAAAAUCUGACCAUGAUUGGAGGUUGUUGGCCCAGCGUCUUGGAUAUUCACCGAGGGACAUCCGAGCAUGGGCCACCCAGAAUGACCCCUGCAUGUCCCUUCUUAGUGAGUGGUAUGCCACCCACAAGACAGCUGAAGCCACCCAUGCAGUACUGACCAUUCUACAAGACAUGAACAGACUGGAUGCUGCAGUCAUUGUAGAGAAUGCUAUGAAGGCAGUAGAGGAUGUUGUGGUGGAGGCCAAAGAAUACACCAAACCUCCACCGAUCUUCCUUAGCUACCAAUGGGGUCACCAGAACGAGGUCAAGUUACUACGACAACACCUUCUCAUGGCUGGCUAUGAAUGCUGGAUGGAUGUUGGACAAAUGGGAGGUGGGGAUAAACUGUUUGAAAAGAUUGACAAUGGGAUUAGAGGAUCUAAGGUUGUCAUAUGCUGUGUAUCUCAGAAGUACGCCAAAUCUCCUAACUGUAAUAGAGAGGUGAACCUGUCUGUAAACCUAGGGAAACCCAUGAUUCCUCUCCUGAUGGAGAAAAUGGCCUGGCCUCCCCAGGGCUCCAUGGGACCCAUCUUCAGUGAGUACUUGUUUGUGAGAUUUUUCCAGCGAGGAGGGGAGGAAACAGAAGACAAGCGUUACUGGCCAGUUCCAAAAUUUCAGGAACUUUUGAUGCAACUCAACAUAUACAAAGCCAUGCCUGAUGAAUCACUCAUUAAGAAAGAAUACAAGAACUGGUGGGUUCCUGUGGCAGAGGAAAUCAUCAUUACCAAGAAGUCAAACACAGGACAAAUUGAUUCCAAUUCCAGUUCUGCAAAGGAGGAGACUAGUAAGUCCCCAGAUGUAUUCCUGUCUUACCAGUGGGGUAAACAGACACAGAUCAAACAGCUCUACAAGAGGCUUUGUGAGCUUGGUUUGACCUGCUGGAUGGACAUCUACCAGAUGGGAGGAGGUGACUCUCUGUAUGACAAGAUUGACCGAGGUGUCCGAGGUUGUAAGAUUGUCCUAAGCUGUGUGACCACCAAGUACGCAGUCUCUGCCAAUUGUAGACGAGAAGUCAGUCUGGCUGAUUCAUUAAAGAAGCCUGUCGUCCCUCUUCUUUUGGAAAAGAUGGACUGGCCACCAAGUGGACCUAUGAGCAUGGUCUUUACACAGCUUCUGUUCAUUAAUUUCUACCGUGAUGAGGAAGUUCAAAAGACAUGGACUGGGGAUAAAUUUGAUGAGCUACUAGACAAGAUCAUGGAAAAUGUGCCAAAUACAAUUGGAUAUGUUCCAAAGAAAAAGGAAGAUGAAGAAUCUGCACCAAAUCCAGAAAAGGCACCUCCACCGUACAAACCAAACCCACAGUAUGGACAAACACAACAACAGCUACAAACACAACCACACCAAACACAGCCCUACACACAAUCUCAACCGUACCAACAAGCUCAACCGUACCAACAAGCUCAACCGUACCAACAAGCUCAACCAUACCAACAAGCCCAGCCCUAUCCUCAAACUCAGCCCUAUCCUCAGUCUCAGUCUUAUGGACAUCAUGCACAGCAACAGAGGAGUCCGGCAAAUCAGAAAUCCUCUUCCUGUGUCCUUCUGUAA